UUGAGAACAACAGCCGGUUUCCACGAUGCGCGGCCCAAUUGAGGCACUGGCCUGGGUGUGGGCCAUAUCAGCUUGUACAUGGACGCUCUUGCUGUCCAGUGUGGUCCUAUACUUUUAUCGAUGGGUGAAAGAACGCCGUCAGUAUCACUCCAUAUUUUCAAAGAUGGGCGUUCCAUACGUAAAGCCUCACAUUCUAUACGGCAGCAACCACCAACUCCGCGGCAAAGGCAUCCUUCCCACUGAAGUUAUCGGCAAAUGGGUAAAACAAUACGGCAAAGUCUUCGGUUACUACAUCGGAUGGAAACCGACGCUUGUAGUAGCGGACCUGGACAUGCUCAAAGACAUUCUCAUUAAGGAAUUUCACAACUUUGCCAAUCGGCCCAAGCUCGUGAUCGAGGCCCAGCCCGUCGUGCACACUGUCGUAGGCCUACGUGACCAGCGGUGGAAGGACGUGCGCUCCAUCCUGGCCCCGACCUUCUCCAUGGUCAAGCUGAAGCACCUGGCCGGAAUAAUGAACGAAAAGGUGGACGAACUGCUAGGCAUCAUAGGCAGGAAGAGCAAGGCCGGGGAGCCAAUAGAGUGGUACUCGACCUACCAGGGCCUGACGCUGGAUGUGAUCAGCGAGUGCGCUCUCGCCAUGAAGACAACCUGCCAGAAAGACCAAGAAAAGAGCGAGUUCUUCAUGGAGUGCUCUCCUUCCUCAAGAACGCGGUGA